CUUUGUCACAAAGCUACAAUGGCACAUACCGGCGAGAAAAGGAAGCGGGAGAAUGAGGAAGAGAACAACGGGAACGUCAGUACUAAUGCAGAGGCUAAUGUGCAGCACCCGCUUUCUGGAUUUGAGCUGAAGGCGGUACUAAGGGAAUCGGCGCGGGAUAAAACAAUCUUCCUCCACGGAAAGGUAUCCAGCGGCUCUGAGAACUGUAAUGAUGCUGUCAUUAUCUUGGAGAAAACACCGUUCCAAAUGGACACGGUUUCCAGCCUUCUCAAAAAUGAUCCUGAGCUCAAGCUUCAGUUGAAGAAUGAUAUCUAUGGUGUAUAUCACUUAAGCCCCUCCCCUGAACUUAAUGAGAUUAAAACUACAGUAAUCUGCCCAGCAUCAGAAAAACAUAUUAAAAAGUAUCUACAACAAGAAGUUUACGUGAUCCAUGAAACAGAAGAUGAUUAUAAAGCAAUCACCUUGCCAUACAUUGAAUCUCAGAGCUUCAGCAUCCAGUGGGUCUACAAUAUUCUGGAGAAGAAAGCUGAGGCUGAACGAAUCGUAUACGAGAACCCAGAUCCUACCAAUGGAUUUGUUCUUAUCCCUGAUUUCAAGUGGAAUCAGAAGCAGGUAGAAGAUCUAUAUUUAAUUGCAAUAUGUCACCAGCGUGGCAUCAGAUCCCUGAGGGACCUCACCGUGGAUCAUCUUCCUUUAUUAAAGAACAUCUUGGAAGAAGGAAAGGAAGCCAUUUUAAAGCGUUAUAGUAUACAUGGAAAUAAGCUUCGGAUUUACUUGCAUUACCAACCAUCAUACUAUCAUCUGCACGUCCAUUUUACGGUACUAGGACACGAUGCUCCUGGCUCCUCUGUGGAACGUGCUCACCUCCUCUGUGACGUCAUCCAAAACAUAGAAAGUAACCCACAAUAUUACAAGACCCGAACCUUAACUUUUGCCCUGAGGGAAGACGAAGCCCUGCUGAAAAAGUUCAAGGAAUUGCGAGAUAUUUAGAAUAUAACUGUUUUGCAUUCUCUUUUGUAUUUUGUAAUAAAUAAAAAAAAAAAAAAAACAGGAAACAA